GGAUUAAUAACAUUUAGUGUCAAUCCAGUGAACGAAUAUCCACCCAUUGCUGUUAGAAAUGACACUUUCCAGAUACAAGAGGGCGAAGGGCCGACUCCAAUAUUCAUCGCUCGUAUGUUGGAUUUCUUUGAAGACCGUGAUUGUCCAAGGGUCAACCCUAUAUUUUACAUCUCAAAAACUACUGGAAAGACAGAUGCAAGUGAGUAUUUCACUGUUAACGCCACAACAGGAUUUCUGUAUCAAAUAAGGAACUUUGAUUACGAAGACACCAGCAUCCAGUGCGGUUUGGGAAAAACUGAAGGAAUCUUAAAUAUCACUGCAAAGGACGGUCCUCAUACCGUAUCAACAAUCCUGAAUGUAAACUUUACUAACAUUGAUGACACUCCCCCCGUGUUUGUCAGAUCUGAAUGCUCCACUACCUGCUACUCUUGUCCAGUUCCUGAUAUUUCUGUUACGAUUGAUUACUUUGAUCAGGGAACGAUCAAAACUGAACCUAGCCACUUAAAGGCCAUCGAUACAGAUAGUCCUCAGUCAAAAAUUACCUACAAAUUAAUAGUUUAUCCUGAAACAUACAAAGAAAAUAUUGAGUUUGAAAAUGGUACAUUCAUUCUUAAUCAGUCGUUUGCAAACUUCUCCAACUUUGGUGAACCUUCAGACUUCAGAGUGAUUGUAGUUCUGCAGGCAUUUGGAAGUAACGGUCAGAAAUCAGAGCAUCUCGUUUUAAUAUUACAUGUAACAUUGCCUAAAACCACGACAAAAGACACAACAACCAUGGAUAAAGAAAUAUGUAUUCUUUCAACAACUACAGAAG